CCGCCAUCUUGCGGAGCCGGCCUGAGGCGGCGCAGGGAGGCGAGCGGGGCGCGGCAGAUCCCCGGGGGCAGGUGAGGGCGGUGGCCGCCAGGAGGAGCUCAGGCCGGGCAGGGCAGGGCAGGGCAGGGCAGGACCGGACCGGACCCGAGCCGAGCCGAGCCCACCGAGAGCGCCAUCCGCCUCGCGCAGCUAUGUUCUUGGGAGCUCUGCAUAACAGAAGAUUCUGUGCUUCCAAGAGUUGUGUCUGGACCCAAGUCUUUAAGAGGCAGCUUUGUUGGAAAUACUACUGCUGUGGAGGAUGUUUAAAAAUGCUACUUACAUCUUUACACUGUGAUAGAAAACGUUAAGAGUGAAGACUGGAACGGCUAGAGGGAGGUGCAUAGCUGCAGCUCAAAGAAAAUGAAUGGCACACUGGAUCACCCAGAUCAACCUGAUCUAGAUGCUAUCAAGAUGUUUGUGGGUCAGGUCCCACGGAGCUGGUGUGAGAAGGAUCUAAGAGAACUUUUUGAACAGUAUGGUGCUGUCUAUGAAAUCAAUGUCUUGAGGGACAGGAGCCAAAACCCUCCUCAAAGCAAAGGGUGCUGUUUUGUUACAUUUUAUACCCGUAAAGCCGCACUAGAAGCACAGAAUGCUCUUCACAACAUGAAGAUCCUCCCAGGGAUGCACCAUCCUAUCCAGAUGAAACCAGCUGAUAGUGAAAAGAGUAAUGCAGUAGAAGAUAGGAAGUUGUUUAUUGGAAUGAUAUCCAAGAAGUGCAAUGAAAAUGAUAUCCGAGUGAUGUUCUCCCCCUUUGGGCAGAUUGAAGAAUGCAGGAUAUUACGGGGCCCGGAUGGCCUGAGCCGAGGUUGUGCAUUUGUGACUUUUACAACAAGAGCCAUGGCACAAACGGCAAUCAAAGCAAUGCAUCAAGCACAGACCAUGGAGGGUUGCUCUUCUCCCAUUGUGGUAAAAUUUGCAGACACACAGAAGGACAAAGAGCAGAAACGAAUUGCUCAGCAACUCCAGCAACAAAUGCAACAGAUCAGUGCUGCCUCAGUAUGGGGAAACCUGGCUGGUCUCACUACACUUGGACCCCAAUACUUAGCACUUUAUUUGCAGCUCCUUCAGCAGACAGCAGCUGCGUCAUCUGGGAACCUGAACACACUGAGCAGCCUCCACCCAAUCGGAGGACUGAAUGCGAUGCAAUUACAGAACCUGGCUGCAUUAGCAGCUGCGGCCAGUGCAGCUCAGAAUACACCAAGCGGUACCACUGCACUCACUUCCUCCAGCAGUCCCCUGAGUGUGCUCACCAGCUCAGCAGGUUCCUCACCUAGCUCCAGCAGCAGCUCCUCUGUUAAUCCAAUGGCUUCUCUUGGAGCAUUGCAGACGCUGGCAGGGGCUACAGCAGGCCUCAACGUUAGCUCUUUAGCAGGAAUGGCAGCCUUAAAUGGAGGACUUGGCAGUGGUGGUCUCUCAAAUGGGACAGGUAGCACAAUGGAAGCCCUCACGCAGGCUUAUUCUGGAAUUCAGCAAUAUGCUGCUGCUGCAUUGCCCACACUCUAUAAUCAGAGUCUCUUAACACAGCAGAGUAUUGGUGCAGCGGGAAGUCAAAAAGAAGGUCCAGAGGGAGCCAAUCUGUUUAUAUACCAUCUUCCCCAGGAGUUUGGGGAUCAGGAUUUGCUGCAGAUGUUUAUGCCAUUUGGAAAUGUCGUCUCUGCCAAGGUUUUCAUUGACAAGCAGACCAAUCUAAGCAAGUGUUUUGGUUUCGUAAGUUACGACAAUCCUGUCUCUGCGCAGGCUGCCAUUCAGUCAAUGAACGGCUUUCAGAUUGGCAUGAAGCGUCUGAAAGUACAGCUGAAGCGUUCAAAGAAUGACAGCAAGCCAUACUGAGUGCCCCUCCCCCCCCGGGACUGGAGUGAGAAGGAUCUUCUGAUUCCUGCCGUUUGUUCAUCGUUGUGCCUAAAGCAUGUCGAUGUGGCGUUCAAGUACAUCGUCCAAAUCCUUGUCUCUUCAGCUUCUCUGAUGCUUGAACUCUCACCUUUGACCUUGUGUUGACCUUUGAUGCUGAUGUGUAUUUUUAUUAAGUUUGUUUCUUUCUUUUUUUUUUUGUUGUGCUGCCAAAUUGGUUUUGCUAGAAAGACUGCUGAAGGGGAAUAUUUAAACUCGCAUUUGAAUAUAAAAGAAUUUCUAUUUUUCUAGACAUUCGUAAGAUAACCACUUGAUUUUGUGAAUCUGAUUCUUUGUAAUUGUCUUCAGAGCAGCCUUGCUAGCAUACCUUGUGGAGUAUUUGUAUUUCUGUGAACAUACAGCCAAUCACUUUCUAGGCUUAGGUUUUUUUUUCUGUGUGCUUAGUUUUAAAAACACAGUUUCAAAGAAAAAGUCAGUUAUAUGGUGUGACUCAAUCUUUCAGGAGACUUUCCAGUCACAUUUUGCUGAUCUGGUUUCUGUGCUUGAGGAGACAUCAUGUGUUUUUGAGUUCAAACUUGUGACUUGAGUGGCAUCAGCGGAAAACACUUGAACUACAUUUUAUUCUGAUUGUUUAGCUACAUUUUUGCCCCAGUGUUUAUUGAUUUUAGUAUUAUUAUUAUUAUUAUUAUUAUUAUUAUUAUUAUUUUUCCCCUGCUUCCCUGUGUGAUUAUCAGUCUGCAGUGAAAAUUUGAUCAAAGUUGAUGUUGUAUUUUGUUAAGCCCCAGCAUGCUUAGUUUUUUUGUAACUACAAUCUCCUCAGCAAAAUGUGAUGUUUUUGUUUUAACCUUUCAAAUGAAGAUAGUGCCCAGAAAUGUUUUGCAUGUUUCCUGCUGUUUUCUUCACACCCUCGUAUAUACCACCUUCACCUCUCUGUUUUCUAUAGUUUGUGCAAAAACUGAGUAAUUUAAUGGGUUUCAAAGGUAUCCUUUAAAUUGGUGGUUUUGGUAUGGCAAAUAUCUGAUCAGAAGCCACCUGAGGGCAUCUACCUGUGCACUUAGACUGUCUGCCUGACAGAGCACCUGGACCUUCUUCAAUCUCCAGUGCUGGCGGAGGCUCCCAGGGGGCUCAGCUGCACUGUUCCUGUAGCGGAAGUUUUGGUGGAAGGGGAUAGCUGGGGAGCAGGAAGGUGGGGAAACUUUCAUAGUGUUUCAGUCUCCAAAGUUACCUGAAGCUAGGGCUCCUUUGAAACACUCUUUACAAGCAUUUUGUAUAAUUCAGGACACAUUUUUGUCCUAGUUUAAUACCAUCAGUCAGACCUUGGUGGCAGGAUCCUGGAUGGAUCUAGGUUAGCUCUUGAAGUAAGUGUUUGAAAUAUCCCUGACAAAGCAUUUGUAAACCUGGUCCUACAACUGCUGGCUCUUUUCCCAAGUGACAAGCACAAUACAACAGCCUCUGAAGCUGUUACCUGAACAGGGUACCAUCCCCAGCUCUCUUCUCAAGGGCCUUAGCUGGGGAAUCUCUAUGGAAAUUUUUUUUAGUUUUUGUUUAGUUUUUAAUUGGGUAAUGAGCUAAGCAGUUUUUCUGGCUUGCAGGAUGAACUCAAACAGGUUACUGCUUUCUGGGUAGCAGGCUUCCCCCUGCCCUACGAACCACCUGCACAGGUAGAAACCGGGAUGUAGCUUCUAGAUGAAGCACCUGAAGAGUGUGUGCUGUGCUGAAGUUCCAGUCAGAAGGAGAAGCAAGCUAGUGUAGGUAUCUUAAUGGUAGAAAAUAAUGUGAAGUGAAAUGAAAUCCCAGGAGAAGGGGUUUUGCUGAGUAAAGAAAUCAUGUUUGGUUGGCAAAAUGCAAAGAUGCAAAAGGAUUAUUUUUUUUUUCUAUCCUACUCCUGAGUUGGCUGAGGAUACUAUGUUCUCAAUAGAUAUUGGCCAGUCUUGUGUAGACAGUCCUUAAUCGGCUUAUAAGACAUAAUAUGUUUGGAUAUGGUACAUCUACCUGGGAGUGAAGUGUGAGGCUGGAUGAAAAAAGGAUGAGAGACUUGUUUAUCUGGGAGGUAGCGUUGUGGGCUGGCCGCUGUUAGUCCCACAGUCUGAAUGCACAGGCCUGCGUGUCGGCGGGGGCACUGAUACCCCGCAGUGUGCUGAGAAACUGCCAAGAUGUUUCUGUCCGUGCACGUUUGGUUCCAUGAGGAACUUUGGGGAAACCUGUGGAAAAAUAUCUGACGAAAACCAAAUGCCAAACAUUGGAUGUUUCUUUCCUUUCUUCUUUCCUUUUCUUCCUUUGGUUGUUUUUAUUGUUCUGUGGUGGUUUUAAUGGAUUUGAGACAGUGGAGCAGCAGCUGCCUUUCCGAUUUUUGGCUGCUUUUUGUGAAUAAUUUAAAAAGAAAAUUUACAUUUUGGAGACAAACCUGUGGGCUUUUUUAUUGGUACAAACAUUGUAUUUAACACUAGGGGUUUUGUACAGUUUUUUGCCUUUUCUACUAGAAAACAAUGUAAAGUGAUUCACAGUGUGAUGAGAAAACAAAUUGCCACUAUGACCAAAUGUAGAGUCUGCUCUGCAGUAACGGGAUUUAAUCAACUCAAAGUCGUGGUUCAGUCAUAGAAAUGCUUUUCUUUACCUUGUUUGAGCUGUUCCUUUUUUUCUUGUUUUGAUUUGCAAAACAAAAUGUCUUUUUGUGUGAAAUUGUGUUGUACUCUGUAGAGAAUUACAGAUUUUACUUUAAUGGUUUAAAAAGCAGAGGAGCACGUGUUGCUUUUCUGAUCGCAGAGUUUGUGUAGUGGACUUAAAAAUUAAAAGAUUUGUUACAAGUUUGGAACGAGCGAGUAUGUGUUAAAGGAAUUUUCUUCCUUUUGUGUGUGUGUGUUUUUUUUCUUUUUGUCCCAAAGGGCAACUUAAAGCUGUUUUAAUUGCACAGACACACCGACAACAAGUCAUUUUGUAUAUGCCAAGCGUGGUACCUUCCUUUGUUUAUUUGCUAUUAAACUGUUUGAGAAGA